CGGGGGCUGCCGGGACGGACCCAAGAUGGCCGGGCGCCUCGGUCCCGCUCCUGCCUGCGGCCCCGAGCCUCAUUCAUUGCCGCGCUGCUGAGCGGAGCUGCGAGCCGGCCCGGAGGGCCCGUGGGCUGUCCCCUCGGGGCUGGAGGCCGCCAUGGCGACCCUGGAAAAGCUGAUGAGGGCCUUCGAGUCCCUCAAGUCCUUCCAACAGCAGCAGCAGCAGCAGCAGCAGCAGCAGCAGCCGCCGCCUCAGCCGCCGCCGCCGCCGCCUCAGCCCCUUCAGCCGCCGCCGCAGGCGCAGCCGCCGCCUCAGCCGCCGCCGCCCCCGCCGCCGCCCGGCCCGGCCGAGGAGCCGCUGCAGCGACCAAAGAAAGAGCUCUCAGCCACCAAGAAAGACCGUGUGAAUCAUUGUCUGACAAUAUGUGAAAACAUAGUGGCACAGUCUCUCAGAAAUUCUCCAGAAUUUCAGAAACUUCUGGGCAUCGCUAUGGAACUUUUUCUUCUGUGCAGUGAUGACACAGAGUCAGAUGUCAGGAUGGUGGCUGACGAAUGCCUCAACAAAGUCAUAAAAGCUUUGAUGGAUUCCAACCUUCCGAGGUUACAGCUAGAACUCUAUAAGGAAAUUAAAAAGAACGGCGCCGCCCGGAGCCUGCGCGCUGCCCUGUGGAGGUUUGCCGAGCUGGCUCACCUGGUCCGGCCUCAGAAGUGCAGGCCUUACUUGGUAAACCUUUUACCUUGCCUGACGCGCACAAGCAGGAGACCCGAGGAGUCUGUCCAGGAGACCUUGGCUGCAGCUCUCCCUAAAAUUAUGGCUUCUUUUGGCAAUUUUGCAAAUGACAAUGAAAUUAAGGUUCUGCUAAAGGCUUUCAUAGCAAACCUAAAGUCCAGCUCCCCUACGGUUCGGCGGACUGCGGCCAGCUCGGCGGUGAGCAUCUGCCAGCACUCCAGGAGGACACAGUACUUCUACAGCUGGCUGCUCAGUGUGCUCUUGGGCUUGCUGGUUCCUGUGGAGGAGGAACACUCCACCCUCCUGGUUCUCGGGGUGCUGCUCACAUUGAGGUAUUUGGUGCCCUUGCUGCAGCAGCAGGUCAAGGACACGAGCCUGAAAGGCAGCUUUGGGCUGACACGGAAAGAGAUGGAAGUCUCUCCCUCCACGGAGCAGCUUGUGCAGGUGUAUGAGUUGACCUUGCAUUAUACUCAGCACCAGGACCACAACGUUGUGACUGGGGCACUGGAACUCCUGCAGCAGCUCCUCAGAACCCCUCCACCCGGGCUCCUGCGCGUGCUGACCACGGCGGGCGGCAUCGGGCAGCUCACCGCUGCUAAGGAUGAGCCCAGUUGCCGAAGUCGUAGUGGGAGCAUCGUGGAGCUUAUAGCUGGAGGGGGUUCUUCAUGCAGCCCUGUCCUUUCAAGAAAACAAAAAGGGAAAGUGCUCUUUGGAGAAACAGCAGCCUUGGAGGAUGACUCUGAGUCAAGGUCAGACGGCAGCAGCCCUGCCUUUGCAGCCUCAGGCAAGGGCGAGAUCGAGCUGGCUGCCUCUUCCGGGGUUUCCACUCCUGGCUCUGCCAGCUCAGCUGCUGACUCUGUGGGUCACGACAUCAUCACUGAGCAGCCCCGGUCGCAGCACACACUUCAGACGGACUCGGUGGAUCUGGCCGGCUGUGACUUGACGAGUGCUGCCACCGACGGGGAUGAGGAGGACAUCUUGAGCCACAGCUCCAGCCAGAUGAGCGCCAUCCCGUCCGACCCUGCCAUGGACCUGAACGGUGGGACCCAGGCUUCCUCUCCCAUCAGCGACAGCUCCCAGACCACCACCGAGGGGCCCGAUUCAGCUGUGACCCCUUCCGACAGUUCUGAAAUUGUGUUAGACGGUGCCGACAGCCAGUACCCAGGGAUACAGGCCGGGCAGCCGCAGGACGAGGACGAGGAUGCUGCUGUGGCUCUUCCUGAUGAAGGAGAUGCUUUCAGAAACUCUCCCAUUGCCCUACAGCAAGUGCAUUUGUUGAAAAGCAUGGGCCACAGCAGGCAGCCCUCUGACAGCAGUGUAGAUAAAUGUAUCUCCAGAGACGAAGCUGCUGAACCAGAUCAAGAAAACAAGCCCUGUCGGAUCAAAGGCGACAUUGGCCAGUCCACCGACGAGGAUUCUGCUCCUCUUGUCCAUUGCGUCCGCCUUUUGUCUGCUUCAUUUUUGCUAACUGGGGAAAAAAACGCUUUGGUUCCGGACAGGGACGUGAGGGUCAGCGUGAAGGCCCUGGCGCUCAGCUGUGUUGGAGCCGCCGUAGCCCUUCAUCCUGCAUCUUUCUUCAGCAAACUUUACAGAGUACCUCUUGACACUGUGGACUACCCUGAGGAGCAGUACGUGUCAGACAUCCUGAACUACAUUGACCACGGGGACCCGCAGGUCAGGGGAGCCACGGCCAUCCUCUGUGGGACCCUCGUCUCCUCCAUCCUCAGCAGGUCCCGCUUCCACGUGGGGGACUGGAUGGGUACCGUCAGAGCUCUAACAGGAAGUACGUUUUCUCUGGCGGACUGCAUUCCCCUGCUGCAGAAAACUUUGAAGGACGAAUCUUCUGUCACUUGCAAGUUGGCUUGUACAGCUGUGAGGCUCUGCGCCAUGAGCCUCUGCAGCAGCAGUGACAGCCAGUGGGGGCUGCAGCUCAUCACGGAUGUGCUGGCCCUGCGGAGCAGCUCCUACUGGUUGGUGAGGACAGAGCUUCUGGAGACUGUUGCCGAGAUCGACUUCCGGUUGGUGAGCUUCUUGGAGGCAAAAGCGGAAAACCUACACAGAGGGGCCCAUCAUUAUACAGGGCUUUUAAAACUGCAGGAACGGGUGCUCAACAACGUUGUCAUCCAUUUGCUUGGGGACGAAGACCCCAGAGUGCGACAUGUUGCUGCUGCUUCGUUAAUGAGGCUUGUCCCAAAGCUGUUUUAUAAAUGCGACCAAGGACAGGCUGACCCAGUAGUGGCUGUGGCGAGAGAUCAAAGCAGCGUUUACCUGAAGCUCCUCAUGCAUGAGACGCAGCCUCCGUCUCACUUCUCUGUCAGCACCAUAACCAGAAUUUAUAGAGGCUAUAACCUACUACCAAGCAUAACAGAUGUCACUAUGGAAAACAAUCUUUCAAGGGUCAUUGCAGCGGUUUCUCAUGAACUAAUCACAUCAACCACGAGGGCGCUCACAUUUGGAUGCUGUGAAGCUCUGUGUCUUCUUUCAACUGCCUUUCCAGUUUGCGUUUGGAGUUUAGGCUGGCACUGUGGAGUGCCCCCACUGAGCGCCUCCGAGGAGUCCAGGAAGAGCUGCACUGUGGGGAUGGUCACCAUGAUCCUGACACUGCUUUCAUCAGCCUGGUUCCCGUUGGACCUCUCAGCCCAUCAGGAUGCUUUGAUUUUAGCUGGGAACUUGCUUGCAGCCAGUGCCCCCAGAUCUCUGAGGAGCUCGUGGGCCUCUGAAGAAGAGCCCAACCCAGCAGCCAGCAAGCAGGAGGAGGUGUGGCCGGCUCUGGGUGACCGCACGCUGGUGCCCAUGGUGGAGCAGCUCUUCUGCCACCUGCUGAAGGUGAUCAACAUCUGUGCACACAUCUUAGAUGAUGUGGCCCCUGGACCAGCAAUGAAGGCAGCCUUGCCAUCUCUAACAAACCCCCCUUCUCUGAGUCCAAUCCGACGAAAGGGGAAAGAGAAGGAGCCGGGAGAGCAGGUGUCUGUACCCGUGAGUCCCAAGAAAGGCGGUGAGGCCAGUCCAGCCUCUCGACCAUCUGAAGCCUCAGGGCCUGUUGCAGCCAACAAGUCCUCAUCACUGGGGAGUUUCUAUCACCUUCCUUCUUACCUCAAAUUGCACGAUGUCCUGAAAGCUACGCACGCCAAUUACAAGGUCACCUUGGAUCUUCAGAGCAGCACCGAGAAGUUUGGGGGUUUUCUGCGCUCUGCCUUGGAUGUUCUCUCUCAGAUUCUGGAGCUGGCAACACUGCAGGACAUCGGGAAGUGUGUUGAGGAGAUCCUAGGAUACCUGAAAUCUUGCUUCAGUCGAGAACCAAUGAUGGCGACUGUUUGUGUUCAGCAGCUGCUGAAGACUCUCUUUGGGACAAACUUGGCCUCCCAGUUUGAUGGCUUGUCUUCCAACCCCAGCAAGUUUCAGGGCCGGGCCCAGCGCCUUGGCUCUUCCAGCGUGAGGCCGGGCUUGUACCACUACUGCUUCAUGGCUCCGUACACCCACUUCACCCAGGCCUUAGCCGACGCCAGCCUGAGGAACAUGGUGCAGGCCGAGCAGGACCACGACACCUCAGGGUGGUUUGACGUACUCCAGAAAGUGUCCACCCAGUUGAAGACAAACCUCACCAGCACCGCAAAGAACCGCGCGGACAAGAAUGCUAUUCACAAUCACAUUCGUUUAUUCGAGCCUCUUGUUAUAAAAGCUUUAAAACAGUACACGACAACCACCUCCGUGCAGUUACAGAAGCAGGUGUUGGAUUUGCUGGCGCAGCUGGUUCAGUUGCGGGUUAAUUACUGCCUCCUGGAUUCGGAUCAGGUGUUUAUUGGAUUUGUGCUGAAGCAGUUUGAAUACAUUGAAGUAGGCCAGUUCAGGGAAUCAGAGGCUAUUAUUCCGAACAUCUUUUUCUUCCUGGUGUUACUGUCCUACGAACGCUAUCAUUCAAAACAAAUCAUCGGCAUCCCCAAGAUCAUCCAGCUGUGUGACGGCAUCAUGGCCAGCGGGCGGAAGGCUGUGACGCACGCCAUACCCGCUCUGCAGCCCAUAGUCCACGACCUCUUCGUUUUGAGAGGAGCCAAUAAAGCUGAUGCAGGAAAAGAGCUGGAAACCCAGAAGGAGGUGGUGGUGUCGAUGUUACUGAGACUCAUCCAGUACCAUCAGGUGCUGGAGAUGUUCAUCCUGGUCCUGCAGCAGUGCCGCAAGGAGAGCGAGGACAAGUGGAAGCGGCUGUCUCGGCAGGUGGCCGACGUCAUCCUCCCCAUGCUGGCCCAGCAGCAGAUGCACCUGGACUCUCACGAAGCCCUCGGCGUGUUAGAUACGUUGUUUGAGGUUCUGGCCCCUUCCUCCCUCCGUCCCGUGGACAUGCUUUUACGGAGUAUGUUCGUCACCCCAGACACCCUGGCCUCCGUGAGCACUGCUCAACUGUGGAUAUCUGGAAUCCUAGCCAUUUUGAGGGUUCUGAUUUCCCAGUCGACUGAAGACAUUGUUCUUUCUCGUAUCCAGGAGCUCUCCUUCUCUCCGUAUUUAAUCUCCUGUCCAGUAAUUAAUAGGUUAAGAGAUGGGGACAGUCAUUCAGUACCGGAAGAACACAGUGAAGGGAGACAAACAAAGAAUUUGCCAGAAGAGACAUUUUCCAGGUUUCUACUGCAGCUGGUUGGCAUCCUUUUAGAAGACAUUGUCACAAAACAGCUAAGAGUGGAGAUGAGUGAGCAGCAGCAUACCUUCUACUGCCAGGAGCUGGGCACGCUGCUCAUGUGUCUCAUCCACAUCUUCAAGUCUGGGAUGUUCCGGAGAAUCACCGCUGCCGCCUCGCGACUCUUGACGGAGGGCGCGGACGGCAGCUUCUACAGCCUGGAGCGCUUGAACGCCUGGGCGCGCGCCAUGGUCCCCACCCACCCGGCCCUCGUGCUGCUCUGGUGUCAGAUCCUGCUGCUCGUCAGCCACACCGACUACCGCUGGUGGGCAGAGGUGCAGCAGACCCCCAGAAGACGCAGUCUGUCCAGCACGAAGUCACUUAGUCCCCAGAUGCCUGGAGAGGACGAGGAUCCCGACGUGGCUUCCAGACUGGGGAUGUGCAGCAGAGAGAUAGUACGAAGAGGGGCUCUCAUUCUCUUCUGCGAUUAUGUCUGCCAGAACCUGCACGACUCGGAGCACUUGACGUGGCUUAUCGUGAACCACAUCCAGGACCUCAUCAGCCUGUCGCACGAGCCUCCCGUGCAGGACUUCAUCAGCGCCAUCCAUCGCAACUCCGCAGCCAGCGGCCUUUUCAUCCAGGCGAUUCAGUCUCGUUGUGAAAACCUUUCAACUCCCACCAUGCUGAAGAAGACCCUCCAGUGCCUGGAAGGGAUCCACCUGAGCCAGUCGGGCGCUCUGCUGACGCUGUACGUGGACAAGCUUCUGUGUACCCCGUUCCGUGUGCUGGCUCGCAUGGUCGACACCCUUGCUUGUCGCCGGGUGGAAAUGCUUUUGGCUGCAAAUUUACAGAGCAGCGCGGCGCAGCUGCCGGCGGAAGAGCUGCACAGGAUCCAGGAGCACCUGCAGGGUACCGGGCUAGCACAGAGACACCAAAGGCUCUACUCCCUGCUGGACAGGCUUCGUCUCGCCACUGCACCAGGGUCGCAUGGCCCCACUCCUCCGGUCACGUCCCACCCGCUGGACGGGGACGGGUCCGUAGCACUGGAAACAGUGAGUCCUGACAAAGACUGGUACGUGCGUCUGGUUAAAUCCCAGUGCUGGACGCGGUCAGACUCUGCACUGCUGGAAGGGGCAGAGCUGGUGAACCGGAUUCCUUCAGGGGACAUGGGCGCAUUCAUGAUGAACUCGGAGUUCAACCUGAGCCUGUUAGCCCCGUGCCUGGGCCUGGGCAUGCGUGAGAUGUGUGGGGGCCAGAAGAGCCCCCUUUUUGAAGCAGCUCGCACAGCGACUCUAGACCGUGUGACCGGUGUGGUUCAGCAGCUUCCCGCCGUCCACCAAGUUUUCCAGCCAUUCCUGCCUGUGGAGCCCACUGCCUACUGGAGCAAGUUGGACGAUCUUUUUGGGGACGCCGUGCUGUAUCGGACCCUGACCACUCUGGCCCGGGCCCUGGCCCAGUACCUGCUAGUGUUCUCCAAGCUGCCAGGCCACUUGCACCUUCCUCCUGAGAAGGAGAGGGACACCGUGAAGUUUGUGGUCAUGACCCUUGAGGCCCUGUCGUGGCAUUUGAUCCACGAGCAGAUCCCACUGAGUCUGGACCUACAGGCGGGCCUGGACUGCUGCUGCCUGGCACUGCAGCUGCCCGGCCUCUGGAGCCUGCUCUCCUCCCCCGCGAUGGUGACCCACGCCUGCUCCCUCAUCCACUGUGUGCGCUUUAUCCUGGAAGCCAUUGUGGUGAAGCCUGGGGACCAGCUUCUUAGUCCAGAAAGAAGGACAAACACCCCAAAGACCGCCAGAGAGGACGAAGUGGAUUCAAACACACAGAACCCUCAGUAUGUCACUGCAGCCUGUGGGAUGGUGGCCGAGAUGGUGGAGGCACUGCCAUCGGUGCUGGCCUUGGGCCACAGGGGCAACAGCAGCACGCCCGCCUUCCUCACGCCGGUGCUCAGGAACAUCGUGGUCAGCCUGGCCCGCCUGCCCCUGGUCAACAGCUACACGCGCGUCCCGCCCCUGGUGUGGAAGCUCGGAUGGUCACCCAAACCAGGAGGGGAUUUUGGCACGGCGUUCCCCGAGAUCCCUGUGGAGUUCCUCCAGGAGAAGGAAGUCUUCAAAGAGUUCAUCUACCGCAUCAAUACUCUAGGGUGGACCAGCCGUACCCAGUUUGAGGAAACAUGGGCCACCCUCCUCGGUGUCCUGGUGACCCAGCCCCUCGUGAUGGAGCAGGAGGAGAGCCCACCAGAAGAAGACACAGAAAGGACCCAGAUCCACGUGCUGGCCGUGCAGGCCAUCACCUCCCUGGUGCUGAGUGCAAUGACCGUGCCCGUGGCCGGCAACCCAGCUGUGAGCUGCCUGGAACAGCAGCCCCGGAACAAGCCCCUGAAAGCUCUCGACACCAGGUUUGGGAGGAAGUUGAGCAUCAUCAGAGGAAUCGUAGAGCAGGAAAUCCAAGCAAUGGUUUCAAAGAGAGAGAACGUUGCCACCCAUCAUUUGUACCAGGCGUGGGACCCCGUCCCUUCUCUGUCUCCAGCGACGACAGGUGCCCUCAUCAGCCACGACAAGCUCCUGCUACAGGUCAACCCCGAGCGGGAGCUGGGGAACACCAGCUACAAGCUCGGCCAGGUGUCCAUCCACUCCGUGUGGCUGGGGAACAGCAUCACGCCGCUGAGAGAGGAGGAGUGGGACGAGGAGGAGGAGGAGGAGGCCGAGGCCCCUGUGCCGUCAUCCCCGCCCACAUCUCCAGUCAACUCCAGGAAACACCGGGCUGGGGUCGACAUCCACUCCUGUUCGCAGUUCCUGCUCGAGUUGUACAGUCGCUGGAUCCUGCCGUCAAGCUCUGCCAGGAGGACCCCCGUCAUCCUGAUUAGCGAGGUGGUGAGGUCGCUCCUGGUGGUCUCGGACUUGUUCACGGAGCGCAACCAGUUUGAGAUGAUGUACCUGACACUGACAGAGCUGCGGAGGCUGCACCCUUCGGAGGAUGAGAUUCUCCUCCAGUACCUGGUGCCCGCCACCUGCAAGGCAGCCGCCGUCCUGGGGAUGGACAAGGCCGUGGCUGAGCCCGUCAGCCGGCUGCUGGAGGGCACGCUCAGGAGCAGCCAUCUGCCCAGCAAGCUCGGGGCCCUGCACGGCGUCCUCUACGUGCUGGAGUGCGACCUCCUGGACGACACCGCGAAGCAGCUCAUCCCCGUCCUCAGCGACUACCUCCUGUCCAACCUCAGAGGCGUAGCUCACUGCGUGAACGUCCACAGCCAGCAGCACGUGCUGGUGAUGUGCGCCACGGCCUUCUACCUGAUCGAGAACUACCCUCUGGACGUUGGGCCAGAGUUCUCGGCCUCCAUCAUACAGAUGUGUGGGGUGAUGCUGUCUGGAAGUGAGGAAUCCACCCCAUCCAUCGUUUACCACUGUGUCCUGAGGGGCCUGGAGCGCCUCCUGCUCUCCGAGCAGCUCUCCCGGCUGGACACGGAGUCGUUGGUCAAGCUGAGCGUGGACAGGGUGAACGUGCACAGCCCACACCGCGCCAUGGCGGCCCUGGGCCUGAUGCUCACUUGUAUGUAUACAGGAAAGGAGAAAGUCAGUCCAGGCAGAACGUCAGACCCCAGCCCUGCUGCCCCCGACAGCGAGUCAGUGAUUGUGGCCAUGGAGCGUGUGUCUGUUCUUUUUGACAGGAUCAGGAAAGGGUUUCCCUGUGAAGCCAGAGUGGUGGCGCGGAUCCUCCCCCAGUUUCUAGAUGACUUCUUCCCGCCCCAGGACGUCAUGAACAAGGUCAUUGGAGAGUUUCUGUCCAACCAGCAACCGUACCCGCAGUUCAUGGCCACUGUGGUGUACCAGGUGUUCCAAACGCUGCACAGCACGGGGCAGUCUUCCACAGUCCGGGACUGGGUCCUACUGUCCCUGUCCAACUUCACACAGAGGACCCCGGUGGCCAUGGCCGUGUGGAGCCUCUGCUGCUUCUUCGUCAGUGCGUCCACCAGCCCAUGGGUGUCGGCGAUCCUUCCACACGUCGUGAGCAGGAUGGGCAAGCUGGAGCAAGUGGACGUGAACCUCUUCUGCCUGGUGGCCGCGGACUUCUACAGACACCAGAUAGAGGAAGAGCUCGACCGCAGGGCCUUCCAGUCUGUGUUUGAGGUGGUCGCGGUGCCAGGAAACCCAUAUCACCGCCUGCUGGGCUGCUUGCAGAAUGUCCACAGGAUCGCCGCGUGCUGAGCGCCCACGUGGGUGGCAGUGAGGCAGCACCAGGACCUCAGGGCCCGCCUGUGCCAGGCGGCUCGGCCUCAUGGGCUUCCCUCUGCCGCCCGGGCAGCGGGCAGUGUCGUCCUGUGGUGUGGCGCCGAGGCCGCGUGCCAGGAAUACACGCAGUAACCUUUGGGGUUGAGCCUGAGUCCUCGCGGGGAGCGGGAGCAGCUGCUGCUGGCCCCUCGCGCUGUUGCUAGUACCAGCCGCCCGUCGCCCGGGGGUUACGUCCCCCUCACGCCGGCUAGUUUGCUGUCACCAGGUCCCGGCUGCUCCUGCCUCGGGGACAGGAGUCCUUCCUCUGCUCUUGCAGGCCGGCUGUCAGCCCCUCUGCUGUCCCGCAGGCGGGAGGUGACGCCACAGGCUUUUGAGAGCACCACCGCACGUCUCCCUGGCGAGGGACGCGGGGUCCUAGGGUCUCAUGGGCCCCUGCAGGCGUGCGUGCCGCAUGGCGUGGGGCGGCUGGAAGCACGACACCCUGCGCCGUACUUCCCUGUCUCUGUUUUCUCAGGAUUUAAAGUUUAAUUAUAUCAGUAAAGAGAUUAAUUUUAAGGUAACUUUCUAUGCCCGUGUACAGUCUGUGCUGCGUGUCUCGGCCUCCAAGGAGGUGGACAGGAGCCUGCCGCUCCCACCACGAGACUUGCUCCGUCUGGCAGCUCCUCUCACCUGACCCCCAGGCCCCCAGCACACCGUCCUUUUUCACGCGUUCACGUUUAGUUAGAGUUGCGGGAGGUGUUGGUGUGCAGGUGUCCGGUCGGGUGUCAUGUCCCCCCGCCUCCCUGGUUCUGGGCAUGGGUGCCGCCGUUCCGGGCAUGCACAGCUCUCAAGGCUCUCCCGCCAGUGACAGGCAGCUCCCGCACCCUUAGCACCCACCUGGCCCUGAGCAGCCUGUUGUGUCCCAAGACGCCAUCGUCCCUUGGCUCCUGCCCUGCCCGUGGCUGUGAUCUGCCCAGGGACUGGCCGACAGGUGUUGCCAUCUGAGUCCCCUGUGUUCCUCCUGCCUGGUGGGGCCCAGACGCUCGCCCAGACCCCCAGCCUCGAGGGUAUAACAGCUGUAUUUAUCUGUGCCCCUCUUGGUCAAGAGCCAUGCUUGGCGUCCUGGCAACUGUUAGACCCCAGCACCUCCUCAGGCCCCUUUCAGCCCAUCCACAAGGGCUCCUUUCAGCUCAAGAGAGCGCAGAUCUGCGCCCACUGGACCAGUGGUGGGGCAGGAAUGAGGCCGGCCAGGGCCGCCUCUUCUACCCCAGGCCCCGGCCCCUGGACCAGCUGUGUUUCCAGGCCCAGAGCAGCCAAGUCAUCAAAUGCACACGAGGCCUGGACAGUUGACCUUGGCCAGGGGCUGGUGGAGUGUUUACGGGUGGGGCUCUCAAGGUCCCCAGAGGCAGCCGGUCAUUUGGUCACCGUCGUGCUGGCCAGCUUGGUCAUGGGCUCAAGUGCAGUCAGGUUCUGGGUGUUUCAUUGGCAAGUGGAGAUGAUUUUGAAGGUGUCUGCCAGAGUCUGCAGAGAGGAGGAGUCCUUUGGUGCGCGGGCCGUCGCCCCCACCUCUGUCUGUGCGGCGUCUCACCACAGCGCACACAGCCGCUGCAGGGCACAGACCCCAGCCUCCCCCGCCCCCAGAGCUGCCGCCGUUUGAGGCCGGGUGGGGUCAGAGUGUGCAGGCCAGAGGGGCUGUGGGAGCCCCUCCUCAGAGCAGCCCUUGGCUUUUCCUGCCAACACCCUGGCAGAGGCCUCCCCCAGCCAGGGCGUGGGCAGUAGAAACGAGUCAGAAGUCCGAGCAGGACCUUAAGGGAGGAACGCCUGACUUUGAACAAGAGGUGAGAAAGUCGCCGCGCUCUCCCCCUUUACACGUUGGGCGCCCACGUCUCGCCCUCGCUUUUCCCCUCGUGAGCCUGUUAGAAUGUGUGUGCACACGGGAAAGUUCUGAAAUGGGUGCCCUCGCCCUGUGUUGUUUCAGCAGCUCCAAGAUGACGCAUCGCAGGCCGAUGUUGUCCCUGCGUAGAUGUUUACACUUGUUAGAAAUAACACUGUGAACGUGAAACGGGGAGCCGUUCCCCUUAGGAGUCGACACUGGGCUCAGCGGGGCUUGAUGGGGGGCCACCCUUGCUUACCCCGCGACCUGUAACCGUCCGUGCUUGGCGAGGGCGCUUGAGCCUGGCUCUGGCCACAGGCGCCAACCCAAAGACUUGCCAGUGUGCCCCCAAAGUAGAUGUGAGUGUAUGAGUGCGAUCGCUUUACCCGUAGAUGGCUGUAUACGUCGUGCACACGUAUAUACCAUUUACAUCAGGACACAGACACGCAAGGCCUCUGAGAAUGUCAGUUCUUUGUAGAAGCCGACCUUUCUUAGACGUGCCCGUGGGGUCGGCUGUGUGGGGGCUUGGCCCAUCAAAGUCCCACUGAGAAAAUAGCCCGCCUGUCAGCUCUCUGCAGGAGGGGUCAACUUUAUCAAGUUCCUAAAAGUCUACGGCAAGCACCGAUCAUAUUGCCAAUCCAAAUUUUGUUGAAAGUAUCGUUGAUUUGUCAGGCUUUGGUUUUUUUUUGGGGGGGGGGGGGGGCGGGGGGUAGUAUUUUUGUCUUUCCUGCUGGUAACACGGGAAAGAUUUGAGCGAAACCAGGGUAGAGUUGGUGAGCGACGUGCCUCCCGUGGCGGCCCUGCCGCGUCGGGCAGGGGACUGUCCAGCUGCCAAGUGCCCUUCACUGCUGUUCUCUCCCCCUCCUGCCCGCACAUGUACCCCCUCAGGAGGAAAGAAUGGCGCUGACACACCUGCAGACGCCCACAAUGUAGCAUCAAAGGAGGCCAUGAACCCUAAAGGACCCCCUUCAUGGCCGGGCGGCAUUGCUGAGCCCUGGGGCGCAGGCAGCUUGUCUGUGAAGCCGAGAGGAGCCUCCCUGUCAGCUCAGGGUCACACAGCUGCUUUGGCUGUGUCGUGGGAGAACGCCUCCGGGGCCACGCAGCGUGGGCUGCUUCUGUGUGGUCUGCUGGCGUGGACUCGGUUCCAUCUGGACACUGUGAGCAUCUCCUCCUGGCACGUGGCCUCUCUUUGGCUUUUGUGCAUCCCUCUGCGCUGUGCCCAAAACUGCAGCUCCUGCCCAGGGUGAGACUCAGGGCGGUUCUGCCCGCUGGAGCGCCGGGCAGCGGUGCGAAGACCACGCUGAAGGGCGCCAGGGCUUGCCGGAGAGCUCGCGGGGCCCUGCGAGGAGGGGACCGCCCCUGCUGCCUGGGGCUGUGGGCCUGGCCAGUGUGGGGCACAGCUCAGGUGGUAACAGCUGGAAGAGUCGCCAGGACGGUUCGGGGUGCUGCGCCUGGCACUUUUUAGUGCAGCUGAAGGAACCCCUUCCCUCGAGUGCUUGUGGGAGCAUCUGGCCCCAGACGGUCACUGCAGGUUUCCUGUUGCAGCUGGGUGACCACUGGCCCAGCAGGAGUGUAGCCGUCAUGGACCUGCCCAAGGUGGUUGGGCUCUGAGCUGAGUGGGGCCGCCUGUCCAUACUUGCUGCCUCGUGCCCUGGUGGCGUGGCCGUCGGCAGGGGUUUCAGCUCACGCUGUGCCGCCACCGCUGUCCCCACCCGUCCCCGCUGUCCCCACCACGCUGGGAGCCAGCAGGGCUGUGAUGGGUGUGUCCCGGAGCCUGGCCCAGACCUGACUGUCUGUGAGAGGAGAGGGGAGGUCUGACGUGAGAUGUGUAUUUUAAUUUUUUAAAUUGCUACAAACAUUGUACACAC